AUGGGGUUGGCAGGUUGUGCCCCAACUGAUGACUACUGGGCUAAUCUCAGACCACUGGUUAGCGCAUUGGUGAACAGAUUUGGCUGCCGCCGAGUGACUAUCACGGGGAGUUUACUAGCGUCGUUCUCAAUAUUCGUCAGCACUUUCUCCCCCAACAUCUACAUCAUGAUAGUGACCCUGGGGUUCUUGACCGGUCUUGGGAUAGGCAUGAUGUACAUCCCUGCCAUCAUCAUAAUUGGAUUUUAUUUUGAACGACGCCGGGCACUUGCUAAUGGACUAGGGAUGUGCGGUUCUGGCAUCGGGUUCUUUGCGUAUGCGCCUCUCACGAAGUACCUGUUCGAGAUAUUCUAUUGGAAAGGUGGUCUGAUUAUCAUAGCCGGUAUAACCCUGCACGGAGUUAUUUCUGGGGCCGUCUACAGGACUAUCGAGGAGGACGAUGAGGAGGACGAAAGCGAUCUCACUACGAAGCCACGUCAACAGGGUAAAAAUGGAACACUUUAA